AUGGGCCGCUACGACUUCCGCCCGAUGCGGGUGCGCCAGACCGCGAAAGCCCUCUUCGACUCGAAACGAGAACCCAACCUUCCGCAAUGGUACGACGUAGUCGGCAACAUACCGCCCGGCGAGACGCUCGCCCGCCCAGUCCUGCGCAUACCCAAGAUGCGAAAGGCGCGGAAAGCCAGCAAACUAUUCCAACCACUACCCAUCGCAUACCCAGAAGACAAGCUGCGUUCAGAAUUCUUCGGCGACCACCCAUGGGAACUGGCACGGCCGCGGCUAGUCGUAGAAGACAGCGGGAACGACUCCAAGAAAUACGACUGGAGUAAGAUUGUCCAGCCAGGGAAGCAAUUAGACGGUGAAAG